CGCAUCGCGCGUGCCCUCACAUUUUCACGUUACAGAUCAGCCCGAUACCUUCGCCCUCUGCUUGUCCGGUCCAUUCACGCCCAGUCGAAUGUCUGCAGACGGCCAUUUUGCUCCCCGUUUGUGUUUCAAUCGACAGCAACAGUGUUAACGGCGAACCAAACCCUGCGCAACACCUUGCGGCUAGCGAUCAAUGACGGAGAAAAGUGCGGCGUCAACGGGUCCAGGCCCCGAUCAACAAACCAGCAAUGGGACAGCGGAGAGAAAAUCGGAUGUGACAGAGGAGGAACAGACUGGGGCAGAUGCUGGUGCGAAAGACAACUCGCAGAAUACACCGUCCCUCAAGACUGAGGGUGCUGCCGCGGGGGCUCACCCAAGUCCCAAAAAACGUCGCAAAGUCAAUCAUGCAUGCGUUUACUGUCGGCGAUCGCAUAUGACUUGCGACUCGGAGCGACCCUGCACGCGAUGCAUAAAACGGAAUAUUGGCCACCUUUGCCACGACGAACCUCGGGAACCUUCAAAACGGUCGCGGAGUGAAAACGAUCAUUCGGCUGCCGAUGACGAGGGCUCUUCUAAUAAUGAGUAUUCCGGUGUCCAAAUGCCCAGAAACGUCGAUGGCCCAGAAGCUGCAGGUCAGCAAAUGCUACCCGACGGGUCCAUCGGCCUACCAACCGCUUCUGUAACUUCUGUGCAGCAGCCUAGCAACAUGGCUUCUUCUGGCCAGGGUCUUAAUGCUCAACAGCAAAGUGAGUCCUACCUAUUAAUUCUGAUUGGGUACAACGAAUGGCUUGGUGGACAAAGCCAAUUCCAGGACAUGCACACGUUUCACCCUUCAUACAUGUUCAAUGCACCAGAGGUCACUAAUGAGUACAACCUCCUUGGUGACUUUCUGAGCAAUAGCCUUUUGGAUGAUGGCGGAGUGUUCCAGAAUGAUGAGCUGCAGGGCAUUUACUCGGAUCCGUCAUUACUCAAUUCUAUGGCGACUCUGGGAAACUCGAGUCAAACCCUUCUUCAGCAGUCUCAACCUGCGCAACCCCAACCUAAUCAACAGGCGCAGGGCGAACCUUUACAAGGGCCUACCCCUGCAGUGAGCAAUGACAAGGCGAGAGAGACCUAUUACAUGACCGCAGCAGAUCCAUCAGGGUCCGACCCGCCGGAGGAGCGGAUGAACAAGCUUCUUAAAGCGAAAUAUGACGCGGGACUCCUUCGCCCAUUCAACUAUGUGAAGGGUUAUGCCAGGCUGAAUCAAUAUAUGGAGCGACACUUGCAACAAGCCUCGCGGCAGAAGAUCCUCCGACAAUUAGAUAAAUUUCGGCCGAAGUUUCGCGAGCGAAUGCAGAGCCUGACCGACAUUGAACUCAUCCUCGUGGAGAUGUGGUUUGAACGAAGCCUGAUGGAAUAUGAUCGAGUUUUCGCCAGUAUGGCUAUUCCUGCUUGUUGCUGGAGACGAACGGGUGAAAUAUUCCGUGGCAAUAAAGAAAUGGCAGAGUUAAUCGGCGUACCGAUUGAGACUCUCCGAGACGGAAAGCUUGCAAUCCACGAGAUCAUCGUGGAAGACCAGCUAGUGAGCUACUGGGAGAAGUUCGGAGCUAUUGCUUUUGACAACACGCAAAAAGCCAUGCUCACAAGCUGCACCCUGAAAAACCCCAAUUCCAACUCCCCUGGAGAUGGAAUCCCCUGUUGCUUCUCAUUUACAAUCCGAAGAGAUACCCAUAACAUCCCAUCACUCAUUAUUGGGAAUUUUCUGCCGUCACAGCGAAAGGCCAAAUAAGCCCUGGAGUUAUUUCCCUCGCAUUUCUUUAUUGUUGCCUAGCAAAUGCUCGCGUGGGCUGACGCCUAGUUACUGUCUUCUUUCUUGGUGCUUACUAGUCCUCCCAAUGGAGGAGCUUCGCGAUAUUGUUCCCUUCAUACCCUUCUGUCAUUGAUUUAUACGACCAUCAAAAUGUACCAUAACAUCUUCAAGGCGUGAUUUAUUUUCAGGGGAAGGUAGAUUGUGGCCUUAUAACGUGAACCCAAAAUGGACUAGAUUGGUCAGGUGUCAUUCCGUACUUCGCUUUGGGUGUCGGCCAAGUAUCCGCAGGACUACAAUCCUGUUCUUU